AUGUCUUCUGAUGAUGCACAAUAUACAUACGCAACACUCAAGCCCCUCAUCAUCGCUCUUGCUUGUGAGACUGGCUUUUACGUACUCUCCAUACUAUCGUUCGCAGUUUCGACCUACAUUCUCGUUCGUAAAGGCCUCAAAACAAGGGCAAUCCUCAUCAUGUGGAUAACAACGUUCAUCAUGUUCGCGGUCUCGACCUGUCAUUUCCUUUUGCAGUGGGUGGGUGGCAUGGACAAGAUCCGGACCGGGCUCGCCAGCAGUUUCCUAGAGGAUUACUAUGGAGAACAGUUGCUAUCCAUUGCCGAUAUAUACCUACCCAUCGUUAAUUAUUCGUUGAGUGAUGGAAUCGUACUCUGGAGGGUAUGGGUCAUGUGGGAACGCAGCGUGAAAGUCUUGAUAUUUCCUGUCCUGUUUUACUGUACUCUGGCUGCUGGUCUAUAUAUGUCCUUCAGCAGGCUCGGUAUUGGCUUAAUCUAUGCCUCGACGCUGACUACCAACAUAAUCGCUACUACACUGAUGGCGGUGAAGGCAUGGCAACACCGUCGGCUGCUCAAAUCUCACCUCAACAACACGGAAUAUAGAUCCUGGGCUCUAUCUGUUCUCGUUCUCUUGGUCGAAUCCGGGACUCUUUACUGUGUGAUAUGGACCAUCUUCUUCUUGACCUGGUGUUUUGUCUCCAGCAACUUCAACGUCACUUCUGCGUCUGUGAUGGAGAUCCUCCCGGGCAUCACGGUCCAAGUAUCUGGGAUCUAUCCAACCGCGGUGAUCGCCCUGGCAGCGCUCCAGAGGACCACUUGGGACAUGAGCGUUGGAAGGGACAUGUUUCAUAACGCACCGCACGUCGAGAUGCGCUUCGCGACCAGGGAUACUCGGUCCGUCUCAUCGACAAUCCAGAGUGACCACCGCCCGACACCAUCUGAUGACGAGGAACUCCACGCGUCCGAGAUGCGAGCGAUGAAUGAAGAGGCGUAA